UGCGCCAAGGAGUGUGUAAAAGGAGGACCUUUGAGCUCCGCGGUUUUCCAAUCAGGUGGCGCCGACUCCCUCUGACCUCAAUCCUCAGUUUCAAUCUUGACUCGUCUCUGUACCUGGAUGGGAUGUGGACAACUUGAUAACCCGGCGGUAUUUACUUUCUCGUCCUUAAAGUAUACACACGCAGGUUGGAGACAUGAGUGGUGUCACAGUUUGGGCAGCGGAUGGGGACAUAGCCCUGGAGGAGGUGCGAUCUUCUCCCCCCUGGACAGAGGAGCGCUGUGAGGAGCUGUGGGAUCGUGUGGAAGGAGUACGACACAAGCUCACGCGCAUCCUAAACCCGGCCAAAAUCACCCCAUAUCUGCGGCAGUGCAAGGUCAUCGAUGAACAGGAUGAAGAUGAGGUGCUCAAUUCCACGCAGUACCCCCUACGCAUCAGCAAGGCUGGUCGUUUGCUGGACAUUCUGCAUUGUCAGGGCCAGCGAGGUCUUCAGGCCUUCAUGGAAUCGCUAGAGUUUUACCACCCAGAGCAGUACACACAGCUGACUGGAAAACAGGCCACACAGCGAUGCUCCCUCAUACUGGAUGAGGAAGGCCCAGAGGGUUUGACCCAGUUUCUGCUUCUGGAGGUGCGUAAACUGAGGGAGCAGCUUCGAAAUAGCCGUAUGUGUGAGCGGCGCCUGUCGCAGCGCUGCCGGAUGGCGGAGGAGGAACGCAGCCGUGCUGAACGGAAAGCGCAGGAGUUACGUCACGACAGACUGCAGCUCGAGAGACUGCGUCAGGACUGUGAGUCAGCCAGCCGAGAACUGGGAAAGCUGAAGGACAGACACCUUGAGCAGGCUGUGAAGUACUCCAGGGCCUUGGAGGAGCAAGGCAAGGCCUCCACCCGAGAGAGAGAACUACUGAGGAUGGUAGAGGAGCUAAAGUCAAGGUUGGCAGAGACAGAGAAACAAACAGACGGUGCUCCAGAGAAUACUACGGCAGCCAAAGAAAACAGGUGGCUCUCUAAUGGAGUAAAUGGUUCUCCACCGGCUUUACCAGAGAAGCCACUGCGCCAUGCUGAAGUUCAGAAAGCUGAGAGUACAGAAACUCAGAAGAGGGACUCGGUUCCUGCCACUGGCGUCAUAGCUCUAAUGGAUAUCCUGCAGCAGGACCGCAGGGAGGCUUCAGAGCAGAGGCAGGAGCUCUGCGAUAUCCUCACCAGACUACAGGGAGAGCUACAGAGCACUGAGGAGCACAGGGACAAGCUGGAGUCGCAGUGCGAGCAGCUACAGCUGAAGGUGAGGACUCUCCAGCUGGACUGGGAGACUGAGCAGAAGAGGAGUAUGUCCUAUUUCAACCAGAUCGUGGAAGUGGAAAAGGAGAGAGACCAGGCUCUGCGUAGUCGAGACAGCCUGCAAUUGGAGUACACUGACUGUCUGCUUGAUAAGAACCGUCUGCGUAAACGCAUUGCAGAGCUGCAGGCCAACCUGGAGCAGCAGCAGAGGGAGCUGGAAGGAGAGAGGGAGCGGAGCCAGGAGCAGUUGGAGCAGAGCAGCCACUGUCUGAACUGUUCCCACCUGUCUCUGUGCAGUGAGGAACAGUGCUAUGGCCCCUGCUGUUCCCUUGGCCUGGACCUGAGCCCAUGGGCCAAUAGCAGCCACCAGCUGCUAAGAAAGACACCAUCUAGAGGCCAAGCCAAUGAAAACUCUGAGGAUUCUUGUUCCAAUUCAGAGGAGAAUCUCCUGUCAUCAACAGAAAACAAUGAAAAGGAAAUAAAUCGACUCUCCAUAUUCCCCUUUCCUCCUUGUAUGAAUUCCAUCAACCGACGAGUAAACACAGAGUUUGACUUGGACUCCUGGGGCAGUGAUGAGAAUGAUAACAUUACAGGUGAGCAGACUGAACCUACUAUGUGGGAUUCCUCGAACUCCUUAAACUCUCAUCUCUUCCCCCCUGACCUGGUCAACCUGCCUGCAGUCUCUUCACACCAACCCAAUCCAAGCGUUUCCAGAAUACCCCCCCGCUCCCCAUCUUCAAGUCCCCCCGCCUUACCAAGGCACGGAAGAGCCAGUCUAGCUGAUGAUAUCACGAUAGUUGGAGGCAACCAAACAGGGAUUUUUGUGAGCCAUGUGAGAGCUGGUUCCCCAGCUGAACAAUGUGGACUGAAGGAGGGAAGUGAACUGCUGGAGCUGGAGCGGGUUCUUUUUGGUGGGGGCAGUGUCCUGCUGCACCAGUGCACUGCUGAAGUAGCCCACUUUUCUCUCCAGUGGUGGACAGAGCCUUCAACACUCAAACACCAGAGCAACCCAGAGGCAUACUCAAAGCUGUGCUCCCAGCUCUCAUCACCCACUUUUAUGGGGGCUGACUCUUUCUAUGUGCGUGUCAAUCUCAAUAUGGAGCCUCACGGUGACCCGCCGUCUCUAGGUGUGUCCUGUGAUGACAUUAUACAUGUCACAGACACAAGGUACAAUGGGAAAUACCACUGGCGCUGUUCCGUUGUGGACCUACGCACAGCCAAGCCCCUGCAGGCAGGAACCAUGCCCAACUACAACAGGGCACAACAGUUGUUACUUGUAAGGCUACGAAAAAUGGCCCUGGAGCAAAAGGACUUAAAGAAGAAGGUGUUCUCAAAGAAAGCUUCUGGCCGUGUACGAUUGGUCAAGGCAGUGGACCCCAGUUGCCGUGGGAUUGGCUCCACACAGCAGGUCCUUUACACACUCAGCAAACGUCACGAGGAGCACUUGAUCCCUUACAGUUUGGUGCAGCCAGUGCAGGUUCAGACUAAGCGGCCGGUCAUCUUCUCCCCCUCUCUUCUCUCGCGUGGUCUCAUAGAGAGGCUGCUACAACCAGCAGAGUCUGGUUUGAACUUCAACACCUGCCCCCCAGAGCCUAUCCAGGCUUCAGAGAGACGAGACAAGAGCGUGUUCUUGUUGGAUUCCUGCAGUCUAGAGCAGGCUCUGGGCAUACGGCUGCAGUCAAUACAGGAUGUCAUGAGCCAGGACAAGCACUGUCUGCUGGAGCUGGGGCUGCCCAGUGUUGAGGGCUUAGUGAGACAGGGGAUUUACCCUAUUGUCAUUCAUAUCCGCCCCAAAAACAAAAAACACAAGAAGCUCAGGAAGUUCUUUCCACGGUGUGGGGAGGACAGCGUUAUGGAGGAGGUGUGCCAGGCCGAGGAGCUUCAGCUGGAGACACUGCCCCUGCUCUUCUACACCCUGGAGCCCAGCACCUGGAGCUGCACUGAUGAGCUGCUGGCAGCCAUACGCAAUGCCAUCCUUAGCCAGCAGAGGGCAUUAGCAUGGUUCGAACUGGAUAGGCUGCAAUAGAAGAGAGAUAUAGAAUGAGUGCUUAAGUGCAAACUAGAUUCUCCUCUCUUUGAAUAAAGAAUAUGGCAGAAAACCACAGUAAAGUCUCAAUAGAGGAUUAUCAUUAAGUGUUAGAUAACCCUACUAUUCUUUGGACCUACAUGGAAUCUCAGAGAAAGCCAGAUUAGUCCUAUGUGCAUGCAUGCAUGCAAACAGAAAUUUCAUAAUUCUCAUCUAUAUAGCCAAGCUGGACUGGCUACAAUGGGAGAAUGGUGAAAAAAAUUAAAAAAUAAGCAGAUUUGUCUAUCACAAGGAAGGUCAGUACAGACCUAUCUGUAAUUAGCUGUUUUUAUCAACAUGACUUUAACCAUGUUUCUUUUUUCUAUUCAGACAGUUUACUAAACAUAAACUUUUAUUAUAGUGCAUUAAGUGCACUUUCAAAAUUAGGCUCAAGCAUCACACAAGGUGCCCAUUUUUUUUAAGGCAUUUGGGUUACUGGUCACUGAGUUACGUUGUGAGUGGAAAGUGAAGCUGUGAGGACAGAAAGAGGGACCAAGAAUAUAGGUGAUGGAGAUUAUAAUAUGUUGUAGGAUGGGAUGUAGGGAGGGAGAAAAUCUGCUCAUCCACAUUUUAUAUUGGCAGUAUAGUCUGUCUCCUUUUUUGGGCUGAAUUAAGCUUUAGGACAUACAGUAAAUCAAUUACACAGUACAGAUCAUACUUAAAGAUAUCGCGCUGAUAAAACUGUAGUUAUAUGAAUACAGUUUUUUAAGAGAAAAUUUGUUAAUUUCUGGAUUUUCUUGAGGUCGGCUAUGUUUGAAUGGUCAAGUAGUGCUACAUUUUUUUUUACAUUGUACAACGGAAGCUUUAGCUCACUAUGACCAAAUGGUUUUGUUUUGUUAUUGCCAAAUGUACUUUUUUUGUAACAAGUUUAAAAAAUAUAUUAAACUGUACUUCACU